AUGGGAAAAGACAGAAAGGUCGCAGAAGACUUCCAGAAGUUCAUUCAGGCCGACCGCGAGAAAAAGAAGAACGAGGCUCUCGCGGCCAGAAUCUUCAACAGAACUAGCACGCCCGUCUCUACCCCCAGCAGACAGACGGCCGGUGGUUCGCUCGCAAGUCGCGCCGGUGUCAAGAAGCAACGUGGCGGCGCUCCCCAGUCGGCACCUUCGAAGAACAACAGCGAGAAAGUCGGCUCAUGGACCGUUGAUCUUGGUCCUGGCUCAAGGUCCGCCAACAAUACCCCCAAGCCCGGUGGCGCUCUUGCGGCGCGCAUCACCACCCCAGGUGCUGGACCUGCGGGUAACCCCCGCCAGAAGAGGCGGGCUGCGCAGAUGGCGGAGGUGAUCAUUAGGAAUGAGUUCAAGGAGCAGUCGAAUCAGCGCAACCAGCAAGGUCAACAGAGGCGUCAACAACACCAAGCCCCUCCCAAUGCGCCUAAGGGGCCAGCAGCUGCGUCAGUUCCUUCAGGUCCUAGCACCAAGGGAUUCACGAUCAGGGGUCUGGCAGGACCUUUCGCGGUGAUGGCGCAGAACUUUGCUCCCGGAACGACAGCGGCCGAUAUCGAGAACGCCAUGACCCCCGUCGGCGGCCUAAUACUCAGCUGUCGUAUCAUGAAGCACAACCCCAUUGUGAUUGCCGAGAUAGUGUUUGAAAACAAGGAGGGUGCCGACAAUGUGAUUGCCACAUUUGACAAGCAGACAGCCGACGCUACCCCCUCUCGCACUCCCACCGGCCCCCGCUCUCACCGCUCGAACGACUACUACCCCGAGGACGACCUGGUUGAUGGAUCUAUGGGCUUCGAAGACCCCAUGGAGGAGGACGACCUGAUGGGUAAUGGCAACGGACGGCAGCCGCCUAGGGGACCGGCAGCCAUGAACGGCGGCGGCACCGGCGGACUCUAUAGCGACCAGCUGGUCCGCAACCGGAAGGGCAGAGGUUUCGAUGGCAACAGCGGGAGAUACUAG